AGUUCUACUAGGUGCAAAAUAAUUACUGUGAUCGUGGCUGUUGUGGUUGCAAUCAUCAUUCUUUGUGUCGUUCUGAUCUUGGUGUUAGCCAAGGACAAAGAAGCCAAACCCACUACUGUAACCCCCACGCCCACAGAAUAUGUCCCACCGCCCCUACCCACUGAAGGUAAGCUGGUAAACACACCGGUUUGUUAAAAAAAAAGGUUAUGUUAGUAGUUCGUGCUAAAAUAAUUUUCCGAAAGCGAACUGUUUUCGUGUUUACAGAAAGUUGAUCACGUGACUUACUAUUGAAAAAGAUCUAUUGCUCAUUUAUACAAUACACCACAAAGGAUUAGCCCCAUACAUCGCUAUUCCAUUAAUUGUAUCUUGAAUUCCCUUAGUUCCUGCCGGAGCAGACGGCCCUUAUGACCACGGGGUUGUUGCAGCUGAUGCAAGUUUGUGUUCUGAGGUGGGCCGAGAUAUUCUCAAGAAGAAGGGGUCAGCGGUCGACUCUGCCAUUGCUACAUUAUUUUGUAUAGGCGUCAUCAAUAUGCACUCGGCUGGUAUCGGAGGCGGCGGAUUUAUGACGAUCUACAAUCGAAGCACGAACAAGGCGGAAGUGAUUGACUAUAGAGAAGAGGCACCUGGAAAAGCAAACUCUACUAUGUAUAUAAAUAGCACCCUUAAUUCCAAAUAUGGUAAGAUUCACAAUUACUGACGUGCAUUUGAUGCAUUCUCUCUUGAUUUUUUAUCUCUUUAUCUCUAGUUAUUUUUUUCGGCUUUAGCAGCGCAAUGCUACGAAUAUAGUAUUACGUGUUAUAUCGGAGUUGACACAUACCAGGUACAAGCUAAAAUGAGACCGACAGCCUUGCUAAGUGAACGUAACCGAUCGAAGAGUCCAAACGAUCAGUUUUCUUGUUGCUACAUCCUGUCACCCUAUAUAACUGAGAGGAUUACAUCCAUGUUUUACAUCCGCAUGUCACAAUUAUUUUGAUUAUUUUUCAUUUAGUAUUGGCCAAAUCAGUGGAUAGCAAUUUUCGCGCAUUUUGUUUGGCUCCAGCGAUUCCGAAUGUCCUUGACAAUUGACUGUUUUUGCUUUGCUAGCUAGUCGUGGAUAACUUGAUGGAACGUGUCGCUGGGUCAUCUCAACGCAAAUGUCAUGGCUCGAAGCGCGGUCUUGCCUUUUUCACGUUCUUUUCCAGAUGGUUAAGCCUUAUUAUGUAAUCCACAUACUUUUCUCACCUUAUUGUCUCAGUUAACGUUGUCAGGUUAAAUGCUCAUCAUUAUUUAUUUGCAUUCAGUGUAACUAUUCACACGCACAAAAAAACAAUACAACAACAGUUCACAAUUAUUGGACGAGGUUAAGCAAGACAUCGUGAUUUGUCAGAAGCGAGCAGAUCAAUUAUUUGCUUAAGUCGAAGGCUGAGGCAAAGAAUGAUUAAUUAAUCUGCCAGACACUGACAAAUUACGAUAUUUUGCGAUCACCGGGUUUGUUUUUUAUUGAAUAUUUUCGGGAAACGUAGCUAUUUGCCUUGCAGCCAAACACGGUUGGGCGACAUUGCGUAUGAGCAGACCAUUAUUUUUAGCAGGCAGUUAUUUUCAGGUAACGUGGUCGGUUCCCUACCAAUGAGAAGGGAGAAACAUUUGCAUCAAAUGAUAAUAAUCUUUAUCUUUCCUUAAUUGAAGUUUCCCAAAAGUGCACAGCCCGGAGGUAGUUAGUGCUAAUCCCCGGCUUAGCGGGCUACACUCUUUUUUUUUAUAAGAAUGUUGUUUUUCCGGCCCAGGUUGAAUAUUCUUAUUUUUCUGCUGAUUUUAGGCUGAAAAUGUUCUUGUAUCAUUCUUAAAUUAUAGCUUAUGACAUUUCCGUUUUAGAAUUUAUUGGGGUAUAUGUAUAUGUAUUACAUGUACCGUUCAUCGAACUGUCAUUAGCGUUGAACAUUUUGCUAUAGCUAGUGCAGGUUUUUUCGUUUUGUUGGCUAGUUUCGCCGUUCAGAGAAAGGAAAAAUUUUAUGCGGUUAAGUUAAAAACAUAAAAUUGUAUUGUAUUUACAGAUGUUUCAACACACAAAAUUAUAUCUAUCCUUUUCAAAAUCUCAGCCUUGGCUUUAUUCUUAAAAUAUUCUUAAAAUUUCGCAAAUUUCAGCCUCGAUAUUCUUAUAAAAUAUAUUUUUAUAAAAAAAAAGAGUGUAGUCAGUCUGACAUGAAGUUGCCCCCAGCCGCCUCAUAAUUAUUUACAUGUACUUUGCUACAUUAUGGUCACAUUAUUCGCCCACUAUUCUUACAUGAUUGUGACAUUAUUGAGUCAUCAUUGAUUCUUACCGGCAUUGUUUCUUCCCCCGUCGUUGGUACAGGACCAUCAGCGUCAGGUGUCCCUGGUGAAGUGAGAGGAUUUCGUAAAGCUUGGAAUAAAUAUGGUAGAUUACCUUGGAAGGAUCUUGUACAACCCGCUAUUGACCUAGCGAAAAAAGGGUUUCGUUUCGGCUAUGCAGCCCAUGCAGCAGCUAAUAGGUCAUCUACCUUACCCUAUAUAAAGAAAGACCCCGGAUUGAGGUAAAGCAGCGGCUAUCUAACUUGUUUCCACACUCGAACCAUUAUUUCCGUGUUGUUCCUCUGCUUUGAUUUCAGUGUCGAUAGUACGUGAAGAAUUUUUGAGGAGUAUUUUGACCUUGCUAUAAACUGAAUACUUUCAGUAUUUGAAUACAUAAAAACUAAUAAGAUUCCUUUUUUUAGAUUGCUUAUAUCUUCCUAGGAAGGAAGAGCAAAUCGAUCAAAGUUCACUGACUGAAAGGAACCACCCGCAGGCUAGAUUUUCACGAUGAAGGACUUGAAUUGAGUGUUAAGUAUCCAGGACACCCCCCGCACCUUUCCCCCGUCAUCCGUAAACAGAUCGGAAACUAAAUUCUGCGUUCAAAGUACAUGACAGCUCAUUCUCUUUUGCUGUUGAUCAAACGUAACGAAGCAGUCGGUUUAUGUAUAUGUUGCAGUUAAGUUUUUAUUUCAGGUAAUUUUUGUUUUUCUUUGGUUUUCAAUUAAAUUGAAAAAAAAGACUGAAAUAAAAAAUUUAACAGCAACAUAUAUAUAUUUGGCAAACUGAAAAUAAAUACUUACAUGUAAUGAAUGAAUGAAUGAAUGAAUGAUAGAAAGAACGAACGAACGAACGAACGAACGAACGAACGAACGAACGAACGAACGAACGAACGAACGAGUGAGUGAGUGAGUGAGUGAGUGAGUGAGUGAGUGAAUGAAUGAAUGAAUGAAUGAAUAAAUGAAUGAACAAACGAACGGAUUAAAAAGAAAACAAAAAUAUCCAGAACACUCCAGAGGGACGGAAGAAGUCAACUACAUGUAGAUCAGUUGUGUCAAGAACAAAGUGACCAGCUCGGUCUGGGCAACAUCCUUGAGAGAGGCGCAAAAAUGGAAUUUACUUGUUAAGUUGACGAACAGCUUUUGCUAAAAAAAAUUGACUGAUCAUUAAUUACUUUCCAGUGAGCUUCUUAUAGACAAAGCGGGUAACUUGAAGAAAUUAGGAACUGUUCUAAAAAUGCCGAAAUAUGCAAGAACUCUGGAGACAAUUCGCGAUUACCCGGAUAGCUUCUAUUCUGGUGAAUUGGCUAAAAGUAUUGUGAAAGAUAUUCAAGACGGUGGUGGAAUAAUCACACUAGAGGACAUGAAAAAUUACACAGCCAAAGUUCGAACUCCGCUUUCUGAUACCAUGGGAGAUUUAAAGUGGUAUACUAACCAACCCCCUGGUAGCGGUGCCGUGCUUUCGAUGAUCCUCAACAUACUAAAAGGUAAAUUCUAUAUUAUUUUGUCAGUACACGAGUUAUAUCAAGAGACUAUAAAGGGGACAGAGAGGGCAUCCCCCAUAUACACCCUAUUCCACAGGUAAUUCGUCUCGAGUUAUUUUUAACACCACAGAUCUCAAGGGGGAUUAGACUACAGCCAAUCACAUAGCGCGAAUGUGUUCCGCGUGGAUGACCCACACUGAGAGCCACACGUCCUUCACGAAAUGACGCAGAACAAAAUAGGGGAAGACGCGGAGAGCGAUUUUGCUAUUCCUUUUGUCGACGAAAACGACUACAGCGAGAUUUCUGCGAAAGCUGUGUCAGCGAAACGGAAAUUAAAAAAGAAUCGCCCUUCCUCUCUUGUAUAGAGCUAACAGUAGAGCAGGGAAAUCCUUAACACACUGAAUAUUCUCUCAGGAUCAUUUAUAAUUUACAGUUUGAAGAGAGCAAUUUCUGGUUUGAUGUUUAUUUUUUUCAGUCUUUAUAGCGAUUAUUCCUACCCACUUACUUUGUCAAUUGUAGGCGAACCCUCCUAAAGCUGAAUUUCAAGGGACCAUAUUCAAGCUCAGAAAGAGAAAUAAAAUUUCGUCGUUGCUUAUUUACAUCCUCCAUAAAACGCGAAAUUAGGCAUUUUCACGUCGUAGUCGUGCAAAACCGGGAAAGAAAUGAACAAAAAAGGGUGUUGCACGUGCGAAGUUGUUGUUUAGCUAAUUAAACCUAUUGUUUUUUUGACGUUCUAGUUGUCGUCCUCGUCGUUGGAUCUUAAACUCCCUAAAUUGUACAAACGACCGGUUUCAAUAGACCGGCGAAAUUUCUCAUUUUAUUAAAGCACUGAGGUUACGACAACUUCGAGUUAAACUGAUUUCACGGGUUGUCAAAGAGUCCAGCGAUUCCUUUUUCCCAGGUGAGCGCCGACUCAUUUCGCUUCAAUAUUCAGGAAUGCUCUUGAUUUUUUUACGCUUUCAUUGCCUCUCGCCCGACAUGUUUUGCACGGCGUUUGGUCAUGCGAAACCUCCACGAAACAUCCACGCCUCGCGCGAGGUAACUUUACCCCGAUUCUAAAAAUAACUCGAGACGAAUUACCUAUGGAAUAGGGUGUAUGUGGGGGAUGCCCUCUCUGUCCCCUUUAUAGUCUCUUGGUUAUAUAUAUGGACAACUGUUUUCUUUGUUUUUUCUUUACAUAGAAUGAAAUUCAUUAGUUUAAUAAGCUGUGAUUAUAGUGUGCUGACCAAUUUACGUGCAUGGACAACCUUUGUGAAUUAAAACUAUAGAAGUGACGUAGAUUAGUCACGCAUUAUGGCCAUUAGAUGGAACAAUGACUUCUGGGAUUGUUUGGGUGGGCAACUGUUCAUUAUUAUUCGUCGAAUGGUAUUCAAGGCAACUAUUAAUCAAUCUUAUUAUUCAUUCAAAAUAUUUCCCCGAUUCGGAUUGGCUAAAAGCACACGCAUAAUUCACCAUAACCAGUUACUGAUGACCAAAUUUGGAAGAAUUUUGUGUUUAACGAGGAAAUGACGUCAAAAAUGCAGCCUUCUACAGGUUAAUGCGCCGUUAACCGAGAAGACCUGGGGACGAGGUUGAGUUGUUUUCCUUGUGACAACAAAAACUGGCGGACAUUUCACUCGUUUCAAGAGUAAGAACUACGCGGAAAUUAUAGCUAAAAACAUGGCAAGAACAGCAAGAACGCAACUCAAAGGCGACAUCUGCUAUUUGGAGAAUAUUUGCGGAGCUGAACAACCCUAAACGUGUCCUACCGUAGGUGAACUUAACAUCGAUGGAGGUAAGCAUGUUUUCGCUUUGUUUUCCAACUAGGAAUUAUUUUGAAUGAAUAAUAAAACAAUUAUUGAAUUUGUCUUUCGCUGGUCUUUCGUAUUAUAUGAAGAAUUAUGGAGAUCUCGGAGGGUGUUAUCAGCCUCGGCCUACGGCCUCGACGGAUAACACCCUCCUCGACCUCCAUAAUUCUUCAUAAGAUACUCAGCCUCAUUCAUUAAUUGUUAAAUAACUUAUGUUCACAAGUAAAACAUGGUCCUUAUAAAAUUUGUAACGGUCUGGGAUUGUUGCGACCCUAUCUGAAGUUGUUUGAGUCGGGCGUAAGCCAGACGAUCUUAAACGCCACAGACAAAUGUUCUCAUUUUAUUUUAGCGAUCGCAGACAUGGCGUGUUUCUUUGACUUGAUUUUGGUGCGCAUACGAAAAGGGCGUCAAGCAUUUAUCUCUCGUAUAUUGGACAAUAAGCCGAGAGCGUGUUUUACACGUAAUAGAAGCAAUAGUGGAUAAUGGAGAUUGAUCGCGUGAUCCAAACUGGUCUCCACUGGCCAUAGAGACUGCAAUUCCGCCUAAAGAAGCUCCUGCGAUAGAAGGGAAACUACAUAUGACCGUCUCCAAUGUGAUUUUCUCUAGAACUUAACUAUUUUUGGAAUCAGAUUCCCUUGAAUGCAUUGGAGCUGAAGGAACUUCCCACAGAGCAGACCGGCUUGUUUCGUCUGUUUAAAGUUUCCUCGUUGCGAUUCAAUUUUGCCCCUGUUUAAUUUUCAGUUUCCUUGUUUGUUUUUGGGUCAUUUUGAACCUGAAUAACAUAUUCAGUCGCACACUGAAAGGAAACGCACUCACCCUACUUACUAAUAAACGUGAACCUUAUACAAGACAACCCGUCUCUAACGUUAUAUACAGGUUAUAAUUUUACACAAGAUAGCCGCAAAGAUCUCAAUAGCUCGAUUCUGACGUACCAUCGAAUAAUAGAGGCCUUCAAGUUUGCUUAUGCGUACAGAGCACUCCUAGGAGAUGAAGACUACAGGGACGUGAGAGAGGUGAGAGGGUAAUAUAGGCUGCCUUCAUAAGGCAACGGAGGAUUUUUUGGCCGGUUGAAAAUUUGUGCGUUUAGAUGUUCAGUUUAGACAAGGAACACGAAAAUUUUGUCGCCUAGCCGUCCAAAGUUUCAAUGAACUACUUCAAUGUCAAUAAUUCAACCUUAUUAAACAAAAAUUUAACCGGCUUUAUUUAGUCGAAACACAUGUUUCUUAUAGCCCAUGUGACUUGUCAAUGUUUUCAACUGGUCGAAAACUCGUCUAAUGCCGUAUAAACAUAACCAUAGACUUCUUCGCAAAAGUGCAGCAACGGUUAAUUACUCAGUACGGUUUUGGAGCGUCAUUAGGGAAAGUAAAGAAAGCUCCUCUUGAAAUGCAUUAUCUGCGCUGAAGAGCUGGUUAAGUAACGUACGGAGUAUAUCAUAGAGCAGAUCUGGCGAAAAAAGGAUAUAAGAGAGAAGUAAAUUUGAAGCUUACAAAAGCGUCCAUAUUUCUACAAUUAACGAACUCUAGACAAGAUUAAUUUAUCUCUUUUAUACAAUUAAAUGAGACGAACAUUUCAAAGCUGUAUCCUUCACGAGUAAAAUGCCACAUAUACAGUGCAUUUUAUGACAGCAAUUAGAAACAAAAUGCGUAAUGAAGUGUAAUUAUAAGAAUACCAAUUUAUGCACUGAAGCACACGUACCAACUCCUCCAUGGCUGCCACUGCCGGGGUGAUAUGGUUGUGCGCACGCGCAAGGUACUGGCCAUACCGCGGAGUAAACCGCGGAGUUGGUACGUGUGCCGGUUCAGUGAAUAAUUUGGUAUUGUAAUUAUAAGAAUGGUAGUGUGCCAGUUUGAACGUGGCUUUGUCACGCUAUUUUCUUUCUUUUUUAAAACGCUAGAACGUACGCGUCCUUUCAUCAAUUGAAUUCCAAAAAUAAGGGUCUAGUUUUGUUAUACUUAAAAUGAUUAUGGUUAGUGCUCCCUGAUGAAAUUGUUUGAUAGCAUCUUCAUUACUCUAUAUACAAAAGCAUUUGUGUAUUGCCAGUGAAGGCACUAAGUAAUGACAAGUCAGGAUCAGUCAGGAAAGAAUUGAUCUAGAACAGCAAUACCCUCGUGACUCAGCCACUUUACCAUAAAUUCCUCCUGCAUGCCCACCUGCAGUGAACUUUUGCUGGCAUCAAUCCUUACGAUGUGAUCUACGUCUUUCUUUUACCAGGUCGUGAAAAAUAUGACCAGUGGUGAGUAUGGAGAUUAUCUUCGCCACAAGAUUUAUGAUAACCGAACCUUUCAGGACUACAGAUAUUACGGAGAUUUUUACUCCAGUACAAAUGUUGGAGGUACUUCACAUCUUUCCAUCAUUUCGCCUGACGGGGAUGCUGUUGCUGCUACCAAUACCAUAAACCUUUAGUAAGUAGGUUUGUUAUUCUUACAAAAUAUCCAGAUAGCAAACUGAGAACUCCCCUUAAAAGGUAGUCUGCUACACAGCCGUUUUUAGGGUCGUCACGCAACGCUCUUCCCCGGGAGGAGGUGCGGAGCAGCGUUGCGUGACGACACUAAAAACGGCUGUGUAGAAGACUACUUAAAAGGAGCUGUGUCAAGAAAUGUAUUAAAAUUCAAACGGUGAGUCUGAACUGGGAACUGCCAGCAAAUUGAGUGAAACAUUACAAUAAAAUAACCCUCGAACCAUUAAAGAAAGGUAUUUUUAAUACUGUAAAUACACAGGGAGACACGGAUAGGCAAACUUGAAGGAGAUUGAAACGGAUUACAAUUGCGAUUUUUAUAAAAACUUGUUAGCCUAAGGUUUUGUCAAAGUUCACUUUUUGCUGUUCUGAUUUAUAACCCCUGACGUUCGAUAUGAUUUCAUAUAAUGCUUCGGAGACUUUGUAUUACUCGAAGCCGUGAUUUUGUCUUUCACAAGUAAUUUCUUAAGUUCCCUACCCCCUUUUCCCGAGUUUCAGCUUAUCAGUCUAUGUGUAAGAGGUUUUUCUUGACGACAGCACGACGACCACACAUAAGUGCCUGUGAUCUAGUGGUUGUGGAUCGAAAGUCGAUAGCUUUACAGGACCUACAGGCAGACUUGUGACGGUGUCGUAACGGAUAGAGAACAAACUCCUGGUGCAUGGUACUGUUGUCAUACUGCACAAGGACAUUCUACUUUGCUGGUUUUCGAAUCUUUUCAAGCUGUUGAACAACAGUUGUUUUCGUUUGGCUGAUCGAGUAAACGAUCAUGCUCUACAAGUCAAGGAUGCGAUAGAAGGAUUUCUAGUCUGAACUGGCGAAAAGCUGGUGUCCCUUGUUUUGCAAUGUGUGAAAGCUGCUUGGUAGUCCUUUUCUGCAAUGGCGCUCAUUGUUUACUACUUGAUACCACAUAUGCCGUCUAAGACAGCAAUUAGAAACUAAAUAUGUAGUAGCGUGUACGUAAUUAUAACAAGGACACUGUGCACAAUCAAUACUAAUAAUGAAAAUGAUAAUGAUGAUGAUGAUGAUGAUGAUGAUGAUGAUGAUGAUGAUGAUGAUGAUGACGAUUAUAAUGAUGAUGAUGAUAAUGAUUGUGAUAAAAACAGUUCUGGCAAUGUCAGAUACUUUUCCUCUCAUCGACUCACCCCUCCACUUCUCCCCCCAGACCACCCCACCUAGUGAGGUGGUGCCCCUACUAUAUUGUACAUAUGAUGUGAAUGAAAUAACUGAGUAUUUGUUUUAAUUUUGUGUAACUAGUUACUUACUAAUUUUUUAUUUCAUUUUGCCUAUCCGGCAGCUAUGGUUGUAAGUAUCGUUCUACUCGCACUGGUAUUAUCUACAACAACGAGAUGGACGACUUCUCUACCCCUGGUAAAAAGAACAAUUUUGGCGUCGAGCCAUCGGAGAGCAACUUUAUUAAAGCCGGGAAACGUCCAAUGUCUUCAAUGACCCCUUCAAUAUUUGUGGAUAGCAGCGGCGCUCCUCGUUUGGCGGUUGGAGCAUCAGGUGGCACACGAAUCACCACUGCUAUCUCAUUGGUG